GCUUCAGCGUGCCAGUGUGGCAGCGGUACAGAUAGGGAGUGGUUUUAUUAGAUAAGCACAAAAGAAAGCAUGUGUGCGAUAAGCAGUCCAUAAAUCAGCACAGAGUUGUUUUAAUCUUUAUUAAAUCAUUUUUUUUUUUGCAGCUGUAAAUCCUGAGCUCUGCCGUCGGCUGUAGGGAGAGUGUGAGUGUCACCUCAUUAGCUCUGUACACCAUUUAGAGGAACUCAUACAAGGAAGAUCUUCAGUAUGACAGAAGACAAAUCCAUGAAGGAGAACCAUGAAGCCGAACCUCGUGAGGAAACCGAGCUCACGGUACCGGCGGAGGAGCCUGAGGUGAAAGUAAAGCCCGAGGAGCAGAGCUUAACCGAGGCGGAGGAGGUGAGGAAGGAGAACGGCGGAGAUGGGGAGAUCCAGCGGGCCGCGGCGGAGAAGCAGCCCGAGGCGGAGAAGCAGCCCGAGGCGGAGGAGUACCCCGAGGGCGGCUGGGGCUGGGUGGUCAUGCUCGCCUCCAUGUGGUGCAACGGAUCGGUGUUCGGAAUCCAAAACGCCUUCGGGAUCUUAUUCGUGUCCCUGCUGAAGGAGUUCGGCUCCGAGACCGAUGAAGACCUGCGCUUCAGGACAGCGUGGGUGGGCUCUCUGUCCAUGGGGAUGAUAUUUUUCUGCUCUCCGAUCGUCAGCGUGUUUACAGAUGUGUUCGGCUGCAGGAUCACGGCGGUGGGCGGGGCUGCAGUCGGUCUCGUCGGCCUCUUCGCCAGUUCAUUCGUCAGGUCUCUGGGCACGCUGUACUUCACCUACGGCGUGGUGUUUGCGUGCGGCUGUUCGUUCGCCUAUCAGCCCAGCCUCGUCAUCCUCGGACACUACUUUAAGAAGCGUUUGGGUUUGGUGAACGGCGUGGUGACGGCGGGGAGCAGCGUCUUCACCGUGUCUCUGCCCCCGCUGCUCUCGUCCCUGCUGCUCCGCCUCGGCCUGCACAACACCCUGCGCGUCCUCUGCGUCCUGAUGUUCGUGCUCAUGCUGGCUGGAUUCACCUACAAGCCCCGCCUCCCGCAGAGGGCGGAGUCGAAGAAGGCCUCGUUAAAGAGGAUCUGUAACAUCCAGAUCUGGAGGAGUCUGAGUUACAGGAUCUGGGCCUUCGGAAUUCCGGCCGCGCUCUACGGAUACUUCGUCCCCUACGUCCACCUGAUGAAGCACGUAGAGGAGCGUUUCGGCCUCGAGGCGAAUAAGGAGGUGUUACUGAUGUGUCUCGGCAUCACGUCUGGCGUGGGACGUCUCAUCUUCGGCCGUGUGGCUGACUACGUCCCCGGAGUGUACAAAGUCUUCCUGCAGGUGGCGUCGUUCCUGGUGAUCGGCGUGAUGUCGAUGCUGAUCCCGGUGUGUGAUGUUUUCGGGGGUCUGAUCGCCGUGUGUUUAAUGAUGGGGCUGUUCGACGGAUGUUUUAUCUGCAUCAUGGCUCCCAUCGCCUUCGAGCUCGUCGGCUCCGAGAACGUCUCUCAGGCCAUCGGCUUCCUGCUGGGCAUGAUGUCCGUGCCCAUGACCGUGGGUCCCCCUAUCGCAGGGUUCCUCCGUGAUCGCCUGGGCAGUUAUGACGUGGCGUUCUACCUGGCGGGGAUCCCUCCUCUGAUUGGAGGAGCCGUGUUGUGUCUGAUCCCGUGGGUGGAGCAGAGGAAGAGGAGGAAAGAGAGGAAGAAUAAAAUCGAGGACAGUAUGGCACAGAGCAUGAUCGCACACAACGACACGGAGAAGAACAACAAGUUUGAGUCUGUCAUCUGAGUCUCAUACACACACACACACACACAUGUGGCAUUUCUGAAGGACUCGCUGAAUGCAUGUGUCAUGUGUGUUAAGUGUGUAAAGUACACAGCGGCGUUGUUUUUAUAUCUUAAUGAGGACCAAAUGUCCCCACAAGGAUAGGAAUAUCAGACAGUUUGACCUUUCCAUGAGGAAAACUUACAAAAAUUACAAAAAUUGCAGCUUUUAUAUUAAAAAAAAACGAGCUUAAGGUUGGAUUUAAGAUAUUAAUUAGCUCCAUUAAUAAUUAGGCCAGUGGAAGGUCCUCACAAGGAUAGUAAGACAAACUCACGCGUGUGUGUGCGUGUUAUGUUUUAUUCAUAUAUAUAUAUAUAUAUAUAUAAAAUACAAAUAUUAUAACUAUAAAACAAAACUAUAUACGAGUCAUUAUAUAAACUAAACAUGGUCCUUUAUUCCCGAAAUAUUAAGAAGCAUUAUAUAUAUAGUUCACUUUAUAAACUUAUUGUUUUCUUAGACUAAAUAAAAUAAAUUGGCUCCUUUUUAACGUCUAUGCAAAAGUUUUACUCAGAACGUUAUACGUCCAUAUUAGGAAUUAGGAAUAUUUAUGUUGGAUUUUUAUUUUUAAAUUUAAAUACGGAAACCAAAGCGAAGUUUAAUCACAGCGUCCGAGUCUGAAGCUGUAUGAUAUAAACGUAACACUACGCCUUUGAUCUUAUUUUAAAAUCUGAUUAAAGGCAGUGAUGAAGCAUUAAAGGGAUUUAAACACAAUGUAGCUUUAGUUAUUUAGUUAUUUUUAUUGUUUCUAGACGACUGAAAUCGACCUUUAAAAAAAAAAAAAAAAAAAAAGUUCUCUAUGCAACACGGCUACGAAUAUGAAUUUUUUUUUACGCUAAGUGCCGCUGAUGAAAUUCAGGGAAGUAAUUAAGUGUUAGUAAUUAAGUGUUAACUCUAAAAGGGCUGAUGUGGAGGAAAAUUAGCACAGUUAGCUAAGCACCUCGUUAAGCGCGUCACUAAAAAAAAUAAUAAUUAACUGUAGAUUAAUCUUCACUGCACAGAUUUCUCACCCGUGUCUUAUUGCAUCGUUUUCCAUUCAACACGUGACGAUAAACGGUUUUACCAAACACACCAUGUUGCCAUGGUUACCUCUGGGGGCGUGUGUGUGUGAGUGUGUGUGUGUGUGUGUGAGUGUGUGUGUGUGUGUGAGGAGGCUGCCUAAAUAGGGAAUAAUUCUAGACACUAUCUUGGUAGGCUGCCUAUUCUUAUAUAACACACACACACACACACACACUCACACACUCACACACACACACACACACACACACACUCACACACACUCUCACACACACACACACACACACACAGAGCUGUUACUACAUUCAACAGUUUCAAUAUUGUGCAUGCAGAAUAUCGCAAUAUAUCACCUGAGUAUCAGUGCAUGUUUAUACCUGUACACACCUCACUCGAAUACGUUUGUUUUUGUUUUUGUUUUUGUUUAUCUGUAUUACAUUUGUGAUUAAUGACUCGAUCUGUAGGUUUAUAAAUAUAAUCUACCUCAAUUUUACAUCACAGGCUCACAGACACAAGGGAUAUUUCCAUAAUUUCGAAAUUAUUCUAAAAUCAUUUUUAGCAUUUUAAAACAUUUCUGUUUAGUCGCUCUGAAUCACAAAACAUUUUAUUACGUUAUUAUUUUAUUAUAUUUUAUUAUUAUGCCAGUGUUAGUGCCUUAACCUGUUUGCCUGAGUCUUUGAUCAACCCAAAUUAUUUUUAUAAAUCUUUUUUUUAUGUAAUAAAUAAAGAAAACAAACUAAAUACACAGGACGCUAUAAUCGUAUAUAUUAUUUCAAAUAUUUCACAGGAAUAUUAUAUACAUUUUGCUCUUUUUUGCUCGUCUAGUUUCAAAAUAAUAUAAAAUAACAGCUUCUAUCUUUCAUUUUGUGUUAUUUUCAUGUUCGGCGUGUCGUGUUUUUAAAAAGGCUUUUUUAUUAUUAUUUUGUGUCAGAAAUUAAUUGAAUCUUUGAUUUCAUUGCGGCAAAUUUUUAAAGUUCAGUAAAGACCUGCCCCAAAACUCAGUUCCUCCUCAUAUCACAAUAUUAUAAAUACGACAUUAUCACGAUAUUGUGUUAGGCGAAUAUUACUGUAGUACUAAAGUGUUGUGUGUGUGUCUGCAGUGUUUAGUAACUUCAAUCAGAAUUAUCGGAUUUAUUCCGACUCUUACGCAACAGACUUUAUCUCCCCCUAAACAUGCUCUCUACUUACGAUAAUUUAAUCUUACGAUAAUCCCUACAAUAAUUUAAAGUGUCCACAAUAACAAUAUCCUGAUUUGUUUUUAAAUUGAUUAUUAGCACAUGCCGAGUUCAGUAUUUAUAGAUCUACAAAUGUGUCCUUGUUUGUUUUUGUGUUUUUAUGAAAUAUGUGUGUGUGUGUGUGUGUGUGUGUCACUACUAAUACGGAUUAUUAAUAACUGUUGUUUGUUGAGUAAAUACUUAAACACUUAAAAUUACACUCAGGUAUCAGCAUAAAGGAAAUCAUCACUAAUGCUGUGAAAAAUAAUCAACGGCAUGAAUGAAUAAAUUGUAGCUGAACCAAAUGUUUUUAUUUUACUGUACCAAAAAAAAAAAGGAAUUAAAGCUAAAUACCAAAAACACUGUCAUCAGCUCCGUCCCAAGUGCUGGAGUUCCUGACGAGUUAGUGUUCGUAUUACAAACUCAGACGUUUUAAAUUCUGAUUCUGAUGCUGGUUAUUGUUGGAGUUUUCAUACUGUGUUAUUCUAAAUCUGUAUAAAGACUAAAUCUCAUAACUUCGACUAGGAAAGAAAGAAACCAAAGAAAACGCUCCCUCAACUGGAAUUCCGACUCAGAAACUCUGAUCGUAUCCACACGGCUGAUCACACCGUCAUCUUAAAUCUACAACACUGACUGACGGAUCGCAGUUUUGCGAAGGGAAAUACAUCAUGAACGUUAACGUUACAAUAGAAAUGUUUCCGUACGUCGCGGACACACUGUCUGCACUUACACUUUGCCUUUUUGUGGAAAUUUGUUGGAUUUAAUUCCGAUUAUUUGCUGUAAAAUUAGAUCUUGGGGACGGAAGAGUAUUUUUAAACUCUUCAAUCUGGCAACCCGGAGCACGGGGCAGCGCGAUUCCUGCCCUAAUGGACCUCUGUUUAUUAGCGCUUGUUGCAGUUCCCAUUUUUGACCACUAGGUGCAGUAAUAACUCUAUAGCGCUAAACAAGGCAGUUAUCUAUAAAGGCGAGAAAAUCAACAGGCUCAUAUCUGUUAAAUAGUGACUUUUAAAAAUAAAUAAUCGGUCGCUCAGGAGACGUGAUUAGUAUUUCAGCCGAAUUUAAAACGUACGGACGAGCAGGUCCGUCGCUCGUAAGUGUUGAAGUGAAAUGACGUAAAUCCACCACUUCGAGUCGUGUAGAACGCAGCAUCAUUCUCAGUUCAUGAGGGAGCGUGUAUUACCCAUAAUGCACUGUGACUAGGCAAGUUGUUUACAGUUGCUUUGAGUGUGUAAUGAAAUGAAAAUGUGGGACACGGUGCGUUAUCAUCAGUGUCGGUUUGUAUCGGAGCUCCACGCUGCUUUUCUUCUUCAGUAUCAGCUUUGUUAAUGAAACACGAUGUUCACGAUGACUGAUUUAUCUUAAUUCUUUAUUAAUCCUUUUUUCUUUUUAUUCACUUUUAUGUGUGUUGAAUAAUGUAAAACGGCAUGAUUUCUUUAUAAUACUGUACAAAACAAUAAAAAUUCUCAUUUUUAUGAACUGAAAUUAUGCUGUAUUGUGUUUUAUCUGCAAAUAUACAUGUAAAAUGUAUAAAACUCUUUAAAAUAAACUCACAAUAAUUCAAAA